CCAGGGAGGCGGUCCCGCGGGUCCGGCGGCUGCUGGGCCAGCGCGCGGCAGCGGAGGAGCCACCGUGCCCCGCCGGGCUCAGCCAUGGACCGGAAGGUGGCCCGAGAAUUCCGGCACAAGGUGGAUUUCCUGAUUGAAAACGAUGCUGAGAAGGACUAUGUCUACGAUGUGCUGCGGAUGUACCACCAGACCAUGGACGUGGCCGUGCUCGUGGGGGACCUGAAGCUGGUCAUCAAUGAGCCUGGCCGCCUGCCACUGUUUGAUGCCAUCCGGCCCCUGAUCCCAUUAAAGCACCAGGUGGAGUACGACCAGCUGACGCCCCGGCGCUCCAGGAAGCUGAAGGAGGUGCGAUUGGACCGUCUGCACCCAGAAGGCCUGGGCCUCAGCGUGCGUGGCGGCCUCGAGUUUGGCUGUGGGCUCUUCAUCUCCCACCUCAUCAAAGGCGGCCAGGCCGACAGUGUUGGACUUCAGGUAGGGGACGAGAUCGUCCGCAUCAAUGGCUAUUCCAUCUCCUCUUGCACCCAUGAGGAGGUCAUCAACCUGAUCCGCACCAAGAAGACGGUGUCCAUCAAAGUGAGACACAUCGGCCUGAUCCCCGUGAAGAACUCUCCUGAUGAGCCCCUCAAAUGGCAGUAUGUGGAUCAGUUUGUGUCGGAAUCUGGGGGCGUGCGGGGCAGUCUGGGCUCCCCUGGGAGUCGAGCAACCAGGGAGAAGAAGGUCUUCAUCAGCCUGGUGGGCUCCCGGGGCCUAGGCUGCAGCAUCUCCAGCGGCCCCGUGCAGAAGCCCGGCAUCUUCGUCAGCCACGUGAAGCCCGGCUCCCUGUCUUCCGAGGUGGGGCUGGAGACAGGGGACCAGAUUGUCGAAGUCAAUGGCAUCGACUUCUCCAACCUGGACCACAAGGAGGCCGUGAACAUACUGAAGAGUAGCCGCAGCCUGACCAUCUCCAUCAUGGCUGGAGCUGGUCGGGAGCUCUUCAUGACGGACCGAGAGCGGCUGGAGGAGGUGCGGCAGCGUGAGCUGCAGAGGCAGGAGCUACUGAUGCAGAAGCGGCUGGCCAUGGAGUCCAACAAGAUCCUCCAGGAGCAACAGGAGAUGGAGCGCCAAAGGAGAAAAGAAAUUGCCCAGAAGGCAGCUGAGGAAGAUGAGAGAUACCGGAAGGAGAUGGAGCAGAUCAUAGAGGAGGAAGAGAAGUAUAAGAAGCAGUGGGAAGAAGACUGGGGAUCAAAAGAACAGCUCAUCUUGCCAAAAAGCGUCACUGCCGAGGUGCACCCGGCACCGCUUCGCAAGCCCAAGUCCUUUGGGUGGUUUUACCGUUAUGAUGGCAAAUUCCCAACCAUCCGGAAGAAAGGCAAAGACAAGAAGAAAGCCAAGUAUGACAGCCUGCAGGAGCUGAGAAAGAAUAAGAAGGAGCUGGAGUUUGAGCAAAAGCUUCACAAAGAGAAGGAGGAGAUGCUGGAGAAGGAGAAACAGCUGAAGAUCAACCGGCUGGCCCAGGAGGUGUCUGAAACUGAGCGGGAAGACUUUGAGGAAUCAGAAAAGAUUCAGUAUUGGGUGGAGAGGCUCUGUCAGACGCGCCUUGAGCAGAUCUCCUCUGCCGAUCACGAGAUUUCAGAGAUGACCACAGUGCCCCCGCCUCCCCCGCCUUCUGUGUCCCCCCUGGCCCCGCCCUUGAGACGCUUCGCGGGCGGGCUGCACCUCCACACCACCGACCUGGACGACAUCCCCCUGGACUUGUUCUACUACCCCCCUAAGACACCUUCUGCCCUGCCUGUGAUGCCGCACCCCCCACCCACCAGCCCACCUUCCAAGGUCCCGGCGCCUCCCGUGCUACCCUCCUCGGGCCACAUGAGCGCCUCUUCUUCACCUUGGGUUCAGCGCACCCCACCGCCCAUUCCCAUCCCGCCCCCUCCAUCCAUCCCCACUCAAGACCUCACUCCUACCCGUCCGCUGCCCUCGGCGCUGGAGGAGGCCCUGGGCAAUCACCCUUUCCGUGCUGGGGACACAGGCCCUGCAGCCCAGGAUUGGGAGGCAAAGAGCCACGGUGGGAAACCCAGCAGCUCCCCGGCCCCCGAGCGGAGCUUCCCGCCCACCCCAAAGACAUUCUGCCCAGGCCCACAGCCUCUGCGAGGCCCUGGCGUGUCCACUAUCUCCAAACCUGUCAUGAUCCACCAGGAAUCAAACUUCAUCUACAGGCCAGCUGUGAAGUCUGAAGUUCUGCCACAGGAGAUGCUGAAGAGAAUGGUGGUUUACCAGACAGCAUUCAGACAAGAUUUCCGGAAAUAUGAGGAAGGCUUUGAUCCCUACUCCAUGUUCUCGCCGGAGCAGAUCCUAGGGAAGGACGUCCGGCUCCUGCGCAUCAAGAAGGAGGGAUCUUUAGACCUGGCCCUGGAAGGCGGCGUGGACUCACCCGUGGGGAAGGUGGUUGUAUCCGCUGUUUAUGAGGGAGGAGCCGCGGAGCGGCAUGGUGGCAUUGUGAAAGGGGACGAGAUCAUGGCCAUCAAUGGCAAGAUUGUGACCGACUAUACCCUGGCAGAGGCUGAGGCAGCGCUGCAAAAGGCCUGGAAUCAAGGCGGGGACUGGAUCGACCUUGUGGUUGCCGUGUGUCCCCCUAAGGAAUACGACGAUGAGCUCUCUUCCUCCUCUGCAGCCGAAAGCCCCCAGCCGGUCCGAAAGCGGCUUGAAGCUGGUGACCCCGUGUACAGACACGGGUUCCUCCUGCAGCUGGAGCCCACGGACCUUCUUCUGAAAUACACAGAGAGAAACUAAGUUCCACACGGGAGGAACGACCUCUGGACCCAGCCUGCAACCCACUUGGAGAGAGGUCGGUCGUCGGGCGCCCUGAAGCAUCCAUGGAGCUGCAGACCCCUGCGUCCCUGAGCCAGGGCUGCUGAGAAGCACCCGAGCCCCUCUUCUGAAGGCCUGCCCGAGGUGCAGGUGCUCUGGAGAAGGACCCGAGGUCUGGGCUCGUUUCCUCUGGCCUUACAGCCUUGGCCUCUUGCAGCUCCGGGCACUCCUUCCUUAGCCCUAAGGGCACCAGCUCCCGAGUCUCUUCACUCCCCUCUCUCCUAGUGGCAAUUGCUGCUGCAAACCUUACUCUGAACUUCUUAAUAAAAUAGAUCAGUUCCUUUCCCA